AUGGUGACGGAGGAGUCGUUAAUUUCGUGUCUCUGUGAUUUAGGUAGUGACGUUCCAGAUAAAUCUGUUGUUGAUCGAUGUCUUCAGCUUUGUCAUGCUUAUAGCAUUGAUACGGAAACAUUUGUGGAAUUAUGGGUUUCACAUACAGUGUCACACUCUCUAAACAUUAGUCCAACAUUAGAAGAUCUUAAUGACCUGGAAGAAGAAGAAUUAAAAAAAAACAAAAAUGAUAUUGAAACAAUUUCGCAUUCAGUAUCCAAUAUAGAUAUUGAUGUACAGACACUCCAAGAAACCACCAACAAUGUUUUGGACAUAUACAGCAUUGAACAAUCUUCACAGCAUAUUAAACGAGUAAGAAGUCCGGACAUAGAUACAGGAAAUGAUAAUAAAAUACGAGCCGUGGACCAUACAUUUUCGCCACCGACCUAUACACCAAAAGCAAAUGUGCCUAAACGUGGCCUAAGCACGAACGUUAGAGGGAAAGUUCUGUUGCGUUUUGGCCCAGAUAUACAGACUCGGAAGGAGCAGGAUGAAUAUCACGUAUCGAUCGGUAAGGCCAGCAGUUCUCAUGUGCCCAAAGAUGUGGUGUAUAUGUACGAAAUGUUGUCGAAAGAAGGGGCAGCUCUUACCAGUAAUUGUGAAAGUUUUGGUAACCGACUGUGCCACAUUUGGAACGAAAUGGGACCCGCUAAUUCCAACGUACGUUACGUGAGAAACGUGGUCACCGUGAGCCAAGUGGCGUUCAGAACAUGGGGCAGAGUGUCCGUCAGGAUCGAUAAAUCGACCAGUAGUAAGAUGGUCAUGUUGGAAGGUUGCAAAAGGUGCAAGGGUGACAACAAUGGGCCUAUUAUCCGACUGGAUUUCAGCGGAAUGAAGCAGUAUUCGAUUUUUCCGGGACAAAUAAUUGCCGUGGAAGGUGUCAAUCCAACGGGAAACUGUCUGUUGGUGAACAAGAUCUUUGUAAAAGGCUAUGCAUUGUUGGCCGACGCGCCAAAAUUAUCAAAAGAUUUGAGGGUGUAUGUCGCGGUUGGUCCGUUCACAACGUCCGACAAUUUGAAUUACCAGCCGUUGUGGGAUCUGAUGGAAAACGUCGCGAAAGAACAACCGGAUGUAUUGAUUUUAGUUGGUCCUUUCGUAGAGUACACGCAUCCAGAAAUUAAGAAAUGCACGUUGAAAGAUACCUUUCAAGAGUUUUUCGAUAAGCUUUUGUCGAGGAUCUUGCGAUACGUACAAGGAGGAUCCACGCGCGUUGUAUUAGUGUCUUCGAAUCGGGAUGCGCAUCACGACGCCGUUUUUCCGACGCCCGAGUAUGCCAUAUACACGAACAAAAUUAAAUUGAACACUGCGAAUUUGUAUUCCAUGCCGGAUCCUUGCGUAAUAAAUGUGGAGGGUUUGCAAAUCGGAGUAACGUCCGUCGAUAUUCUCAGACACCUAGGACAGCAAGAAGUAUCGAAAACGUUUGGUAUGGACAGGCUUGGUCGUUUAGCCGAUCACGUGUUGUCCCAAGCAACAUUCUAUCCUUUGUACCCACCCUUCGAGAGUCUAAAUUUCGAUACGAUGCUUUGGAUGAAGUACGCUUGUUUCGAACAACAACCGCAUAUAAUGAUCUUACCCUCCGAUGUUCGAUACUAUUGCAAUACAGUUAACGAGACACUGGUUGUAAAUCCAGAACGAUUGCAAAAAUAUAUCUAUGCCAAAUUGUGCAUACGGCCAACCAGUAACGGGAAAUGGGAGCCUAAAAAUGUAUCCUGCGAAAUUGCGAAAGUUUAA